AGCUAAGGUUCUUUCAUAUCUAAGCUAAGAUGGCUCUCAUCUACUCUUCAAACUCGAUCAGUUUCACAAAGAAGGGUGGACCCAUAUAUGCUGUGAAGAUCCCACCAAGCUAAGGACUGUCUUCCCUCCAUUUCAAGAACUUCAAUUAGGGUUUUUAGGUUUAUAUAUAUAACACAUGGAGAAACAAGAAAAUUUCAAGGCUUCCUUGCCAACAAGUUAUGGAUAUUCUCUUGACCAAAUGAGCACCAAGUCAACUAGUCUUCUUGAUGGUCAACCAUCUUCCUCAAUGGUCAACGCUCGUCUCCCACCGCCACCGCUUGUCUGUGACGCGACGUCUCUGAGCUUUGCAGACGUCAUGCAGUUCGCGGACUUCGGUCCGAGACUGACCCUGAACGAGACGGAUAGGGUACUCGAUCAGGAAGAGGCAGAGCUCGACCCUGCCUGCUUCCUCAAGUACCCUGUCUUGGGCGAGAAGGGGCAAGAGGAAGAAGGCGGCCGCGCGAACGGAGAAGAUGACGGGGGCAUGGAGAUGAGGUUUCUGGAGGAGAAUGAUCAGCUGGUGGAGGAGUGUCUGAUGCCGCCUCGUUGCGAGGCGGCAGUCAAGGGAGGAGGAGGGGGGAAUAAUGGUAAUAAGGGGAAGAGGAAGAGGGUAAGGGUGAAGAGUAGUGAGGAAGUGGAGAGCCAAAGAAUGACACACAUAGCCGUAGAGAGGAAUCGGAGGAAGCAAAUGAAUGAGCAUUUGCGUGUCUUGAGAUCUCUCAUGCCCACGUCCUACGUCCAAAGGGGAGAUCAAGCUUCAAUAGUUGGGGGAGCAAUUGAGUUUGUGAGAGAACUAGAGCAACUCUUGCAAUGCCUCGAGUCCCAAAAGAGGAGGAGGCUCUACGGCGACGGUCCGGGGCUACACGGCGGCGGCUCCUCCACGCCUCCACCGCACAUUCCGCCGCCGAUGCCGGACGUGUACGGGGCGGCGGCCGGAAUGUCCGAAGAGGCGGCGGGGAGCAAGUCCGGUGCGGCGGAGGUGGAGGUGAAGCUAUUGGGGUGUGAGGGGAUGAUAAAGAUAUUGUGUAGGAAGAGGGAAGGGCAGCUGGUAAAGGUCAUUUCUGCCCUUGAACAGGAUUUGCACCUCAACAUUUUCCACACCAAUGUUACCACUGUUGACCAAACCGUACUCUAUUCCUUCAAUGUCAAGGUUUCAAGUGAAACAAGGUACGCAGCAGAGGAUUUGGCCAAUUCUGUCCAGCAAAUCUUCAGUUUCAUUAAUGCAACCAGCUAGCAUUAUUAUUGGAUAACACAAUACUAUUAUUCUUUUAAUUAAUUUAUGUAUGUAUAAUAUUUACUCCAUAUUUAUAAAGGAAAUGAAUAAAUACUAUGUACAACAAAAAUGUUAAUGCAAACAAUAUCCUCCAUUUUUAUUGUAUACCGAGUACCUUUACUUUGGGCAAUCAGUUAAUAAAGUGAUAAUGGUGUG